UCUACGCCCAAAUCAUCUGCAACAGAAUCAACCGCAUGGAGCAAUACAGGCACACGGAUUACUCCACAGACAACUGGCCCAUCAGACACCCCGAUCAAAGGAACCAGGCGUGGCAAGCACCACAAGUCCGGCCCUUCGACCUCUCAGGCAAAUAACACGCGGGCAGCACAGGCACACCUCUCCACCCCCUCCAGCACAGGCACCAGACACGCAAGCACCCAUCGAAACAUCUCCACGCAGAAACCCGAAGGCUUCUUCUGGCAGCUAGACAGCCACGGAUUUCCCUGCGCGAAAUCCGACUGCGACAAACGCUGUAACCUCUGGGACGGCGCCACGGUGAUCUGCCCACGCUGCGGGCCCUACUCCGAGACUCGAUACUGUUCCCGCAAGCACCUGCUAGAGGACAUCAAGGCGCACUGGAUUUCCUGCGGCGAGCUUGUCUUCCGCCAUCCGUGCCGGGAAUCAUCCAUCCCUCGAGAUGUGCGAGAAGGGGCCCCCCUGGUUCCCUGUCUGCACCAAUACGACACACCAGAGCGACACAGACAGGCCGUGUAUUUCAACGCCAACGCAAGAAAAGGCGACUACUUCAUUUUCUCGGAUUGGGCCGAUAUGGUCGACGCCGGAUUCCCCGAGAACAACAUCGCAAUCCGCUGCUCGAACAAGCUGGUCCAUACCGUUGAGUUCUCCGAUCCCGAACAGAAAGACCGGUUUCGUCGUGUGCUGGCAGCUUGUCUUUUCAUGACAAUCGAAGCCCACGAACUCGUCGACUACCUCUUCCGCCUGAUUCGAGAUACCCUCCGAGCCCAACAACAACAACCCUCCUCCAAUCUGGAAACAGCCCUGAUGUACCAGAUCCACCAGGAAUUCGCCGUGACCAUCCAACCGCCCAUCACCGGAGAGAGACACGCCUGCGACACCGACUGGGACGGCCGCAACCGACGCAACUGCCCGGACCCCGUGUGUCGGGCCGAGUUCCGUCGGCUGCUGGGGUCCCUCGGUGGACGGGGACACAGCCAGCUGGUGGAUCAUCUGGAAGGAAGCUACUGGGUUCUUCGCGCGGCGAGGACGACGCAUCCGGCGGUGAAAGACACCAAGGCCAGAAUGAGAGGCGAGGGGUUUGACGAGGUGGCGGAGGAAGAUCGUAAGGUGUUUCGUCGCGGGGAUGGGUGGGAUGGAGCUGGUAGUGGGGAGAUGGAGAUUGAGGGUAUCAAUGCUUGA